AUGGAUUGGUUGAUUGGAAUUGGAGCUUUGGCUGCAUCGGCACUGCUCGGUUACUACAUCGGUGUACAGUUCACAAAAAAGAAAUGCCGCGUCAAUAACAAAAUCAGACUUUCCUCCGAUAAGGUGGUGGAUUCGGUUGAUAUGGAGGACCUUGGUGCUAAAAAAGUGUUUUGUCGUUGCUGGAAGAGCGACCAGUGGCCUUAUUGCGAUGGAAGUCACAAUCGGCACAAUGAAGCAACCGGUGACAAUGUUGCGCCAUUGAUCGUCAAAAAGGCUGGUGAAGCGUAA